AUGGGAAAUCAAGCCAAUAAGAAAGAGAGGCGAGAUCGAUUCAGGGAGAGAAGAGGCCAAGAUGGCGUCGUUUUGCUGCCCCGGAAAAAGCUCUACCGCCAGCGAGCUCAUGCAAAUCCUUUCUCAGACCAUCUAUUAGAAUACCCAAUCUCGCCUGAGCAUAUGGAUUGGUCGUCGUAUUACCCUGCUUUCGUGGAUGAAGAAGCGCCAAAGGAGGAAUCUAAGCCUCCACGCAUGAAGCAGGAUGUUGAGGUUGUCGACAUUGGAUGUGGCUUUGGAGGUCUGCUCGUCGGUCUCGCUCCAGUUCUACCGGACAAGCUCAUUCUCGGUCUGGAAAUCCGCACCACAGUAACACAGUUUGUGCAGGAGAGGAUAUGGGCAUUACGCGCACAAAACGAAGGCAAGCUAUAUCAAAAUGCGGCUUGCAUACGCGCAAACACGAUGAAGUUCCUGCCCAACUUCUUCAAGAAGAGCCAGCUGAGCAAGAUAUUCAUAUGCUUUCCGGAUCCGCACUUCAAGACGAAAAAGCACAAGGCACGGAUCGUUUCAACAACUCUCAACUCCGAGUACGCUUACGCCCUACGUCCCGGCGGCAUCAUCUAUACAAUCACCGACGUCGAAGCGCUGCACGAGUGGAUGGUAGAGCAUCUUGACGCGCACCCUUCCUUUGAGCGUGUUAGCAAAGAGGAGGAGGAGAGUGACGAGUGCGUCAAGAUUAUGCUGAGCGAGACGGAGGAAGGCAAGAAGGUGGAGCGGAACAAGGGACAUAAAUUCGUAGCCCUAUUCCGCCGUAUGGAAGAUCCUCCGUGCUCCAGCCCCAUACAUGCCGCCGCCGCUUCCUCGCUCACCGCGUCUUUCAACAAUGAUGCUCAGCAGGCGACUAUGGCCCUGAAGCGAAGAGAUGCAGUGCUUGCUGGAGUGGCCUACUUCAUCGCCUGGGGCUACGCCGUCAGCUGCUUCUCGGCGCUGCGCUGGGUGGGAUAUGCCUUCGUGGGCGGUAUCGUCAUCAGCUUGCUCUCGCUUAUCGCGGCUCUCGUCCUGACCACACAGCACCCUCACAGCGAUCGACAGCCACGGCCAACCAGGGUUUCGUUUCUCAGCUCGCAGAGAUGGCGCGCCGAAGCAGAAGCACUGCGACAACGACAAGCGUACCACAGGGAGCCCCUCGACCCGAGCUUUCCUCAGGCGUCCCGAGCUCUCGACGAGCUCCUGGAGCUGAUCCUCCGCGACUUUGUCCGCUCAUGGUACUCUCACAUCAGCCAGAACCCGAUAUUCGAAAACGAGGUGGACAAGGCCAUUCGGCAGGCACUCCUCAGCCUGGUGGAUUCGCUGCGCAACAAGGACCUUGCUGAUGUCGUCACGAGCCGUUUUGUGCCCAUUCUGACGGCCCAUUUCCACGACUUCUACGAGGCAGAGAAAGCCGUGCGAGGAAGGAAGCUGAACCGAUCCGUCACCGAGUCUGAAGAGCUUGAUCUUGCCAUUGCGUCCAAGUUCAGAGAUGGCAAGCUACAUCCGGCUGCUUCGCUCUCUUUUCCGGACACCAAGAUGGUCCAGCAGGAUUACCUACGAUCGUUGGUAGAACGGCUUCUGCCCAAACUUCUCUCCAAAAAGCUGCUCUCCAGCCGGGCCGUCUCCAUAGUCGUGCGGGAGAUUGUAGGCUGCGCAGUCUUGUUCCCCGUCGUCCAGCUGCUGGGCGACCCUGACACGUGGAAUCAGCUGAUAGAGAAUCUGGGCCGCUCGAUGCUUCAAGAUCGAUCUACCGUUCGCAAGCUCAGGGCUGCGCUGGACCAGCACGCUUCUCCUACUCCGAAAUCCAACAAGAUGGCCAUAGCACCGCGGCUGGCUCCUGGGGACAAUGAGCGUAAAUUUGAAAAGUUCAUUCGCGCCAUCCGCAGGGUCGCCAACCUCUCUGACGCACGGCGAUUCCGCAGCGAAGUCGCCAGUCAACUCAAACGCGACUCCUUACAGGCCAAUCAGGAUCCAGUCUAUCUGCGUCGACUGGAGAUGGGAAAGCGACUUCUGGAUGAGAGAGUGCAUCACUUGGCGGCGGGAGGCAAUCGCCAUGCGCCUCUGCCAGCUCCCUCUGCAACGCCUGGGUCUACCUCGAAGCUUGAAAACGCCUCUCUCGUAGAGUUGUUACGCGAUCCGGCAGGUUUAUCAUACUUUAUGGAAUACAUGGACCGCCAGCGUUUGAUGCCCCUGGUUCAGUUUUGGCUCGUCGUGGAUGGCUUUCGCAACCCCCUGGAAGAUGACGGCCAAGACGACGAGCUCCCUUCUACAUUGCCCAUGUGGACAGAGUCGGACCGCCUAGACUUGCUUCAAAUCCACCAGGCGUAUCUCUCCAAGCCGGAACUCAACGUACCGGAGUCAGCCAAGAAGGCUGUCAAGGAAUUUCUCCAAGCUGGUGUAUCUGCCACGCCCGCCGAGUACUACAAGGCCAGGAGAGCCAUCCUGAGAGCCCAGAGUGCAGUAUUGGAAAUGAUGCGCUCUCGAUACUUUGAAGGGUUCAAGAAAUCAGACUUAUACUACAAAUGCCUCGCAUCGCAGGAGAUGUCGCGUGCUACCAUGUCGCCACCGCCCCCUUCUCACCAGAGUCCUUCUACAUCAAACAGAGCUCAAUCAUAUCAGUCUAAGCCCAAGCCCACCGCACGGUUUGCUCCGCUGCCUGCGGGCCCAUCCAGACGACUCUCUGGAUCCAUCUCUGACCUGAGAUCCGUGCAUACGAACGGCAGCGGCUUAGAUUCGCUUACCGCCUCACGGAGGUCGCUCGACGACGAUCGACCUGCAAACCCCCUCUUUGACGACGACGAUAUGGACAACUACGGAAUGGUAGACUCAGUGCAGAGCUUGGACCAGGGUCUGUCGAGGCAACAGACCCCUGAUAAGCAAGUAGUCCAGGCCGUAGAGCAAGCACUGACGGACAUCUUGGAUGAUCCCAGGCCGCAGACCGCCGAAGAUCUCCGAGCCUCUCUGUUCGACACCGAAGACAACAUGUCGAGCCUUUUUGGUAACGAUAAUGACUCUAACCGAGGUUCGUUUGAUGCUGGUAGACCUCAGUCCACGACAAAAGAGGCUGGCAAGCCUACUCUAUCGUCAUUGGGGCUGGUGAGCGCCGCCUCUCGAAUCGGCGUAUUUGUAGACGAUGACCUCUUUGGGGACGAGGACAAAUAUCUCCCGGAUGGAAGUGACGAUGUCGAUGAAGACGGCCAAUCCGACGAGGAGGACGAGAUCCACGAAGCCGCGCCUGGCGACCUUGGAUUGGCGGAAGCCAUCACAGCGCUCACCAACGACAUUGAUCGCUUGGUGGCACAAGAGGCGGUCAUAGAAUCCUUGACGAAGAAGGCAGAGCUCACGAACAACGCAGCAGAGUUGCGGAUCCUGAAAAAGUCAAAGAUGAGUCUACAAAGGGAGAUUCGACGGAAAGAAUUGCAGCGACAACAGUACGUGAUACAGGAAAGCGACAACAGUCUCUACGGAAGGUCGGAAAUCAGGAUCAAAUCAAUCCAGGUGGGGCGAGAGGACGAUGGUCGAGAGUUUGCUCUGUAUGUCAUCGAAGUCCAGAGGAACGCGGGUGAGCAGAUGCCGGCGUCGUCCUGGGCUGUGAUGAGAAGAUAUAGCGAGUUUCACGAACUGCACCAAAAGCUCCGCUCGAGAUAUCCCUCGGUCCGGAAUCUCGACUUUCCCCGCCGCCGUGUGGUGAUGAAGUUCCAGAGCGAUUUCCUCCGCAAAAGGCGUGCAGCGCUGGAGAAGUACCUGCGGGAGCUGCUGCUUCUGCCCGAUGUGUGCCGCAGCCGUGAGCUGCGAGCAUUUCUAUCGCAGAGUGUCAUCGCGCCAGGCGCCGCGGAUCCGAUGGACCGAGAGAACAAGAAGGACAUGAUGACUCGCUUGUACGACUCGGUAGCCGAUGGCAUGGAAGACAUUCUCGGCAACAUCCCGGUGCUCGACCAGAUCUCGGUCGCGGGACAGAACUUGAUUGCGGCGGCAACCAACCAGCUCAACACGAUGCCGCUCAACACCGGUGAAGAAACAUUCCCUGCUGCGGAGGCCGAGGCUGAGCUGGACGCCUUUGAAAACAAGGAGAUGGAGCCGUUCAUCAAGCCCAUCUGCGACAUCUUCCUUGAAGUCUUUGAGCUCAACAAGGGGAACAACUGGCUACGAGGGAGGGCUGUUGUGGUGGUGCUGCAGCAGCUGCUUGGCGGAACGAUUGAAAGGAGAGUGCGAGAAAACAUCAAGAUGGCGGUGCAGGAAGAGUCGCUGCUUCGAUACAUGGGAAUGCUACGAAGCGCACUGUGGCCGGACGACGAGCUGGUUCGGGAUCGGAAACCACGCACCGCUGCGGAGAAGAAGAAGACGCGAACCGAAGCCAGUCUGAUGCUCGCAACUCUGGUGCCGGACUUGGCGGGAAACGUUGUAGGACGGGUCAAUGCUCAAGCGGCAAGCCGACGCCUCUUUGCAACGUUUAACAACUCCAGGCUCAAGUAA